AUGGAUAUUGUACAGGUACUUGAGGACCUGCAAGCUAUUUGGGAUUGGAUUCUCAUAGAGAAACUGCAUAUUCCUCACAAUGAGAGAAACAUGUAUGCUGCUGUUCUUGUGGUGCCAGAAACAUUUGAUAAUCGUGAAAUAAAGGAAAUGUUAUCUGUAGUGCUGAAAGACCUUGGGUUUGGCCUAGCUGUAGUACACCAGGAAGGUCUUGCUGCAGUUUUUGGAAAUGGAUUAUCAACAGCAUGUGUUGUGAAUAUUGGUGCUCAGGUGACAUCAGUAAUUUGCAUAGAGGAUGGAGGUGCUCUACCUUUAACUGGGAAAACUUUACCUUUUGGAGGCGAGGAUAUAUCAAGGUGCUUUCUAUGGACCCAGAGACAUCACCAGAAUUGGCCACAAAUUCGCACAGAUAUUUUGACAAAACCUAUAGAUAUGUUAAUGUUAAACCGACUGAAAGAGACAUAUUGUGAAAUCAAAGAGGGGGAACUUGAUUCUAUUGCAGUGGUUCAUUCAUAUGAAGAUGGAAUGCCACCUGGAUCUCACAAGACAAAGCUUACUGCUCUUAAUGUUCCUCCUAUGGGAUUGUUCUAUCCAAUGCUUUUGGUUCCAGAUGUGUAUCCUCCACCACCCCGUUCUUGGUUUCAUGACUAUGAGGAUAUGUUAGAAGAUCCGUGGCACAUUGAUUUUCCGCGAAGGCCUGAUAUGUCAGAUACUUUCUAUCCCAAUGUUAAUGUUGGACUACCCAUCUGGGAUGGCUAUCCAGUCUUUUCAGCCAAGCCAAAGAAAGAAGAAAAAGUCGGUCUGGCUGAGGCUAUUACAAACAGUAUUCUCUUAGCUGGUCGAAUAGACCUCCAGAGAAAAUUAUUCUGUAGCAUACUAUUGACGGGUGGAGUUGCUUUGACAAUUGAUCUGGUUCCUGCAGUGGAGGAAAGGGUUUUACAUGCCAUUCCUCCGAAUGAAGCAAUUGAUACCGUGGAGGUUUUACAAUCAAGAACAAACCCAACAUUUGCAGCAUGGAAAGGCGGGGCGAUUCUUGGAGUACUAGAUUGUAGCAAGGAUGGUUGGAUACGUAGGGAGGACUGGAUAAACAACGGAAUGGACCCAGAGUUUGUCAGAAAAUACAAGGAUUCUUAUUAUCUUCAAGCUCAAGCUAUGUGUUACAUGAAUUCUUGAAAGGCAGGUUAUCCAUGAAUGAUAAUAGCAGCAGCAGGAAAGAAGCCAUAAGCGAAGAAUCAAUGUUGGAAAUCGGCUGCUCGAGUACUUGUUACUUUGUUCUCCUGACAUUCUUUUCAUCUGCUAGUCCUUUUACAAUGAGUAUCCUUUAGGCUUUGCCAUCUCUAGAUAGAGGUAUGCCCAAAGGUCUGCGGUAAGGCUGGAAGAGCUGAGAUUUUCUAAAGACCAACACUCUUGAGUAACAAAGAUCACUAAUUAUGCAUCAUGAAAAAAAAAAAAUCAUCACUAAUUAUGUGUCUUCUGACAUCACGUUUCAGAUUUUGGAACUACAUCUCCUUUUACGUGCAUUUAUCUCCUUAUUGAA